AUGGGUGUUAAACAAGGAGAUCCUAUAUCUCCAUCUUUGUUUAUUAUUGCUGAUGAAACUCUUUCUAUUAUGCUUAAUAAAUUAUAUGAACAUCCUAGGUUUAAUGGAUUCAGCAUGGAUUCUAAUGGACCUAGGACUAACCAUUUAGCAUAUGCUGAUGAUUUAAUUAUUUUCUGUUCAGGUAAAACCAAGACUUUUAAACUUAUCAACAAAUGUCUCAGAAAAUAUGAGAAAAACUCUGGACAAUUGAUAAACAGAGAAAAGAGUUGCUUCAUCAUGGACAAAGAAAUUUCCCAAAACAGAAUCAAAAUUGUUACAGAUCUAUUACAAGUUAGAAAGGAGGAAUAUCCAAUGACUUAUUUGGGUUGUCCUUUAUUUGCAGGAAGGAAGCUGAACCAAUACUUUGCAGAUAUGGCAAUAAAAAUAAUAAAAAGAGUAAGAUCAUGGCACUGUAACAGGUUAUCAGCUAGAGGUAAAGUUAUUUUGAUUAAACAUGCCCUUAAUGCUAUACAUGUUCAUCUUUUAUCUAUUUGUCUGCCUACAAAGACUAUAUUGAAUCGGAUGGAAAGUAUAUUUGCUAAUUAUCUGUAG